AUGGUGAUCGGGAACCGAGAUUUUUCAACCUUUAGGAGUAAGAGUACCAAGAGCACCAAGAGUGACUCGGGGAACGGGGACGAUGCGUCGAUAGGCACGCACGAUAGCUCGUAUGAGCACCCUCUGGCUCGCAAAGGCUACGACAUUGGCCCCGCGUCGAGGUGCGAGGUGGGAGACGUCUUCGAGUUCCUCUGGGCCGACUCGCACGAGUUCGAAUGGGAGUGGAAAUGCCUUGGCUACACUCGCUUCAUCGUGCUGCGACACAGCGACACCUUUCCGCAUCACUGCGUGUGUGUGCCGAUUUCCACCCCCACCAAGAACGAUUUCCAGAAACCCGGCAUCGACUCGAGCCAGCAGGGCUACGUAUUCGACGAGAAUGACCGCACGCCGCCCUUCGACCGGCUCCCCUUCUCGCCGGUCGGCAUGCAGCUGCGCCCGGGCAAGUUCCGCGUCAAGGAAAACUCGCGCGCCAACUACGCCGACGUGCUCGAGAUCGACCACGACGCCCAGGUCAUGGUCGUCGGCGACGUGACGCGCUACUUUGACCGCGUGCGGCGCAACGUCAACAAGGCCGUCAUGCGCAACGUCCUGAAGAAGGCGUUGGAGCAGUACCGCCAGGGCAAGCUGGUCGGCAAGAAGGGCGCCAAGCUCGAGGCCAGCGAGGUCAACGGCGGCGGCAGCGGCAGUGGCCAGGACGACGACGAACCCGAGGGUGAGAGCGACCCCGACCACCCCGACGUCUUCCUAAUGCCUGACGAAACGGCCUCCGUCAUCGAGAAGCGACAGCCAGAAUCCCCCCUCAUCAGCAGCAGCAGUGCGGCAGCAGCAGCAGCAGAGAUGCCUCCCCCGCCCCCUCCAGCUCCACCGCUACCUCCGAUGGACAUGCCGAUGCCGACGCCGAUGCCGAUACCGAUCCAGCAGCCUUCUCCCCCGCGGGACGACGCGGCCUCGAUUCGCUCCCACGCUUCCCGCGAGAGGAGACACUCCCGGAAAGAAGCGCAUUCCCCGCCGCAGGACGAUACGGCCUCGAUUCGAUCCCACGCUUCCCGCGAGAGGAGACACUCCCGGAAAGAAGCGCCCCCUCCGCCGAGAGGCGAGGACCUGCCGAGGAAAAUGUCCGACCAGCACGUCGACGGGGCGUCCCGGCCCUACCGGCAACGCAUCGACCUCCCGCGUUCGCGCAGCCAUCGGCUGCCCGAGCCCGAGACGGGCUCCAUGUACGACGUCGCUACGGCCAGGGCGGACUGA